AUGGGCAGCAAUGCGAUCCUUAUUACCACAGUGACUAACAGUCAUUGUUUUAAGUCCAUGAUCCAGGGACCGGACGCUUAUUUGCAGAAUGCCACUCGAUCUGUGGCCUUUAAGGCCUUACGCGCAUGGAAGGCAGUCUUCCAGGACGCACAGGAUGAGGAGCUAAAAGAGACAACCAAGCUAGAUAUCGAACUUGCGAAGCUAGCUGGUCUUCCCAAUGCCGAGACCAAGGAUAUCCUACAAUCAGACAUGAAAGAGAUUCGAUGA